ACUGCCACAAAGAGUUCACUCAUCAAUUCCACUCAACUCAACUCAUGGUAUCAGGGGAGAGUGGAGGGAUCAAGGCAUUCAAGCUUUCAAACACGCAUGGAAUCUGUUCUUGUUUUCUCAUUUUGGUCCCUAUUUAGCAACCGAUCCACUCAACAUAUAUAAAUUGCAAUCCGAGUCACUUUUUUAGCAGCUUCUCUUUAUUCCUACCUCAGUUUUUUGCAGUUUCCUUCUUCUUUCUUUAGUCUUUUACCCAUUUGCAUCACACAUUAACGUUCUAUCUUCUUCGAUUACUCUCUUCUUCUAGAAGCUUCUGCGGAACCCUAGCGCACACUCUCUCUUUCUGAAUCUGAAUCUGAAUCUUUGAAGCUCCUCUCUAAUGGCGUUCUGGUGGUCCUUGCUCGUUCUCGCACUCGCUUUCGCCAUCGGCAAGUUCCUCCUCUGGCUCAUUCCUCCUAAGGUUCCUUCCAUCGAUGUUGACGCUUCUGAUGUUUUAGACGAUGGAAACCAAGCUCAGGAGAACAGCUUCAUAUAUGUACCUCCAAGGGGAGCGGCACAGCAAUCUGGCACUAAAGUUCAGUGCUAUGAGCCUGCUACCAUGAAGUAUUUGGGAUAUGUUCCUGCUUUGACCCCAUAUGAGGUCAGGGAGCAAGUGGAAAAAGUGCGGAAAGCCCAAAAAAUGUGGGCAAAGACCAGCUUCAAGCAAAGACGCCAAUUCUUGCGUAUACUUUUGAAGUAUAUAAUAAAACAUCAAGCGCUUAUAUGCGAAAUAUCUUCGCGUGAUACUGGAAAGACAAUGGUGGAUGCCUCUUUGGGAGAAAUAAUGACAACAUGUGAGAAGAUCCAUUGGCUACUGUCAGAGGGUGAGAAGUGGCUGAAACCUGAAUACCGAUCCAGUGGAAGAUCAAUGCUUCAUAAGAGUGCUAGAGUAGAAUUUCACCCCCUUGGUGUUAUUGGUGCCAUUGUGUCAUGGAACUAUCCGUUCCACAAUAUUUUCAACCCUAUGUUGGCAGCACUUUUUUCUGGAAAUGGCAUUGUGAUUAAGAUAUCAGAAAACGCGAGUUGGUCUGGGUGCUUCUACUUCCGAAUCAUCCAGUCAGCACUUGCUGCCAUAGGUGCUCCAGAGGACCUUGUUGAGGUGAUAACAGGAUUUGGUGAAACAGGAGAAGCAUUGGUGUCUUCUGCUGAUAAAGUCAUUUUUGUUGGAUCACCUGGUGUUGGCAAGAUGAUAAUGAGAGGUGCUUCCGAGACACUUAUACCUGUUACACUUGAGCUUGGUGGAAAAGAUGCAUUUAUUGUUUGUGAAGAUGUAGAUGUGGACCAUGUUGCUCAAAUUGCUGUCAGGGCUGUUCUUCAGUCAAGUGGGCAGAACUGUGCUGGAGCUGAACGUUUUUAUGUCCACAGGAGCAUAUAUUCAUCUUUUGUCAGUAAAGUUACACAAAUUAUAAAAUCUGUUACAGCUGGUCCACCACUAGCUGGAAGGUAUGACAUGGGUGCUCUAUGCAUGCAUGAGCAUUCUGAAAAACUUGAAGGCCUUGUCAAUGAUGCUAUAGAUAAAGGUGCUGAAAUUGUUGCAAGAGGAAGUUUCGGGCCUAUUGGUGGAGAUGCAGUUGAUCAGUAUUACCCCCCAACUGUGAUUGUUAAUGUGAAUCACUCCAUGAGAUUGAUGCAAGAAGAGGCAUUUGGACCAAUCAUGCCAAUAAUGAAAUUCAGCUCUGAUGAAGAGGUUGUCAAGCUUGCAAAUGACUCAAGAUAUGGGCUUGGCUGUGCUGUUUUCUCAGGCAAUCAGAGCCAUGCCAGAGAGAUAGCUUCGCAGAUACAUUGUGGCUUUGCUGCUGUUAAUGAUUUUGCAGCAACAUAUAUGUGUCAGUCCCUCCCAUUUGGGGGUGUCAAACACAGUGGAUUUGGACGAUUUGGUGGUGCAGAAGGUUUGCGAGCAUGCUGCCUUGUAAAAGCUGUUGUUGAAGAUAGAUGGUGGCCAUACAUAAAAACCGUGAUACCUAAGCCUAUUCAGUAUCCUGUAGCAGAAAGUGCCUUCGAAUUUCAGGAGUCACUAGUUGAAGCACUAUAUGGUCUCAGCAUAUGGGACCGUUUGAAAGCAUUGGUAAGCGUUUUAAAAGUACUUACUGAGCAGCAUUCUACCAACAGCAGUAAGUUGAAAUGACUAAUCAUACCUCGGCAUCUAACACACCAAAUUGUUGAUAUCACCAUAUUCAAAUGAUUGGUGCUUUCGGUGUGUCAGUUUUAUCCAACUGCAGUAUUUGGUAGCUCCUUUUAUUGAUGAUCCUGGGAUAGUUCCUGAUGAAUGCACGAAUUUCUUAUAUCAAUAUUCUAUUUUGUCGAUGACAAGGAAGUUAGGGCUAUAGUUAUGUAUCCGCCAACGAUUAUGGUAGAAAACUUGUCCACAGCCGCAACCUGAUACAUCUUUACGUUCAUACUGGUUGGCUGGUUGCAUUCUUCAUCUUCAUAUUGAAUGAAGAAUUCAACACAAAUAUCAUUGCAUUUCACUUUCGUAAUCAAAAACAGGUUUUCUCACUUGUUUCGACUA